CUCGCCCCCAGCAAGUUGCAAUAUAAAGCUUCGCAUUUCACAUGUCGUUUUAGCUACACAGAGAGAGAGAGAGAGAGAGUGAAAAGAGAAGAGAAGAUUAUCAUUAGGAAGCAUUUUCUGGAAGCUGAGCAAUAAAGACUAUACGAAAAUUAAGGUUGUUACAGAUCAUUUGGCUUGGAUUCUCUUUUAAGGUUUCUGAAUUGAUGAUUCUAAGCUUUUUAACUCUUGGCAUUCUUCGAAAUUGUUUAAGCUCGCUUGAUUGAUUGUGGGAGGAGGAGGUGAAAGAAGUAAAGAAUGAAAGAGACUGACAUGAGAAGAACUCCCAAUACUAAUCAGUCGAAGCGCUCGGGAAAAACUGAAAGGAGAGACCGUAAACCGAAUCAAGCAUCGAAUAUAAAGGGAGUUGAAUCUAAAGCUCUGUUUCUUGCUAAACCAGACUCCUCCAGUGCUGUUUUAGUAAGUGAUUCGAACACGGGCUCAGAGCCCCCUGAAGUUUAUGAAAACUUGGUUAUACAUUACGUGGAUGAUGCCAAUAGGUCUGAGGAGGCUCCUCGAGAUUCAAAAGUCAAUCCCAUGAUUGCCAAAGCCAGCAAGGAUGAGGCUUUAGAUGACCAUUCUGAUGAAUUAGGUAGGGAAGCUAAUCAGGGGAAGGAAGGGGAGUGGGAUUCUGAGACAAUAAAAGAUUCAGUUUCAUCUCAAGGUGACUCAGUGAUAGCUGAGGAUGAGAAAGUAGAAAAUGUUUCGAGAGUCCCGAAAUCAGUUUCCAAUAAGAAUUCAUCAGAAAGUGGUCCUCGCGGAUCAAGGGUGAGAUCUGAUCGUGACAAUGGUAAAUCUAGGUCUAAAGCAGUAAAUAACACUACCAAAAAACCUGCCAAAACAAAUAAAGGGCUGUCAAAAGUUACUUCGAAAAGUUCUUUUGAUAAAAAUUCUAAAGACAUGACAGUUCCUCCGAAACCUUCUCCAGAAUCUUCCGAAGGAGCUGAUGAUAAGUCUGCGGAAGAUGUAAGAGAAAUAGAUGUUUUAGAUGAGGCCUCGAAUGGUACUCAGAGUGUUGCAAGUGACAAUGAAACAGCUGAUGCUGAAGAAAAUGGUGAACAUGAGGAUGAAGCAGAAUUAAUUCAAAAGAUUGAAGACAUGGAAAUGAGAAUUGGGAAACUUGAAGCAGAGCUAAGAGAAGUUGCUGCUCUUGAAAUAUCAAUAUAUUCUGUAGUACCAGAACAUGGGAACUCAGCACAUAAGGUGCACACACCUGCACGACGCCUUUCUAGACUCUACAUUCAUGCUUGCAAGCAAUGGACCCAAGAUAAGCGAGCUACGAUCGCCAGAAACACUGUUUCAGGACUUGCAUUGAUUUCCAAGUCCUGUGGUAAUGAUGUUCCAAGGUUAACAUUUUGGUUGUCCAACACAAUUGUGCUGAGAGAGAUCAUUUCCCAGGCAUUUGGAAGUUCACGGAACUCAAGUCCCCUUGCAAGGCAUGCGGGGUCCAAUGGGGGUAGCAAGAAAAGUGAAGGAAAGUCUACAGCAGUGAAAUGGAAGAGUGGUUCUGGUAGUAAACAAGUUAAUGGUUUUAUGCAGUUUGCUGACGAUUGGCAGGAGACGGGAACCUUUACAGCUGCAUUAGAAAAAGUUGAAUCGUGGAUAUUUUCCCGUAUAGUCGAAUCUGUAUGGUGGCAGGCUUUGACUCCACAUAUGCAAUCUCCUGCUGCGGAUUUGCCCUCUAAUAAAACCUCUGGAAGGUUGCUUGGACCAGCCUUGGGUGAUCAGCAGCAAGGCAGCUUUUCUAUCAACUUAUGGAAGAAUGCUUUCAAGGAUGCUCUCCAACGACUUUGUCCUGUUAGAGCAGGAGGUCAUGAGUGCGGUUGCUUGCCCAUCAUUGCAAGAAUGGUGAUGGAACAGUGUGUUGCCAGACUAGAUGUGGCAAUGUUCAAUGCUAUUCUACGUGAGUCUUCCCAUGAGAUUCCAACUGACCCUAUUUCAGAUCCUAUCGUAGAUUCCAAGAUUCUGCCAAUUCCUGCUGGAGACUUAAGCUUUGGUUCUGGGGCACAACUCAAAAAUUCUGUUGGUGAUUGGUCUAGGUGGCUUACUGAUAUGUUUGGCAUAGAUGCUGAUGAUUCCCUGAAAGAAGAUCAGCACGACAGUGAGGGUGAUGACAGGCGAUAUGGUGAAACUAAAUCCUUCCUUCUUCUUAAUGACUUGAGUGAUCUUCUGAUGCUUCCAAAAGACAUGCUUAUGGACCGAUCAAUCCGGAAGGAGGUAUGCCCAUCAAUUGGUCUUCCGUUAGUUAAGCGGAUACUCUGCAACUUUACUCCUGAUGAGUUCUGGCCAGAUCCCGUCUCUGGAGCUGUAUUAGAAGCAUUGAACGCUGAGAGUAUCGUGGAGCGGAGAUUGUUAGGAGAUGCUGCAAGAAAUUUCCCUUAUACAGCUGCUCCAGUUGUGUACACUCUACCUUCCUCAUCUGAUGUUGCAGUGGCCGGAACCAAGUCUCAGUUGUCAAGGAAUGCAUCUUCUGUACAAAGGAAAGGAUACACCAGUGACGAAGAACUGGAGGAAUUAGAUUCUCCUCUUACCACUAUAAUUGAAAAAUUGCCAUCAUCUCCAACUAUCAUGGCCAAUGGAAAUGGAAAUGGAAAGCACAAGGAACAUGCAGGGGAUUUAGUAGCAAAUGCAAGGUAUGAACUCCUUCGUGAGGUCUGGUCUGCAUGAGGGUUGGAAGUGAAUUUUGUUGCACAUCUUUUGUUUCCUUUUUUCCUUUUUAUCAACGUAAAUAUAAAGAGAAAAGAGAACACUGUUGAAAAUAAGCAGUAGAAAACCUCUGGUUGAUUCAAAGUUUCAGGUUUGUUGGAAUGCAGCAGAAGCCACGCCUCUGCUUUCUUGUAAACUAGACACAGCUUGUUAUCAAACAGCUUGGAUGAGAAAUUCAAUUCAAUAUAAUAAAUAAAUCAUUGCCAGUUA